AUGGAAGCAGUUUUUUUCGAUGAUGUUGAGGCUCAGACCAGGUUCAGCCCUGACACGGUCAAUCUUUCACGUUUGAAAGGGAUGGCCCACUGGUGGGAUCAUGCGAAACGAGCAUUAAUCAGAGGGCUUGAUACAGCAACGCGGUUGCCCUCCAACAACGCUGAGUGCCAAGACUCAGAUGGUACGCAAGCAGGCUGCCUACGCGAAGAAAUCAGAGGCUGUCAAGACAAAUGGAGAGAAGCAAAAGCACGACGUUUGAGACGAAAGCACGCACUUUUUCCUCAAAAAUCGACAGCGGACUUCUACAAGCGCAUUGCAUACAAGUAUGGCGACAAUGUGGUAUAUAACCUCGACAAUGCAAGACAUCAUGCUUCCCCGACGGAGCAAGCGGAUGCUAUGGCAUUCGGAUGGUCUUCCAUCAUGCAACAACAGCAUGCAGAAUCCCAACUGGUUGACGGUUACAUCGCCAGCAUCCGACCAUUAAGAAACAUCGCUGAUCUGGAAGAGCUUGACGCCCAAGUUUCCUUGGACGAAGUCCGAGCGGCUAUCAAACGGUGCAAACGCGGAAAGUCCUGCGGCCCGGAUGGUCUAGGUAACACGUGGUAUCAAGACCACUGCGACCGCAUUGCUCCAAUUCUCGUGAAGCUAAUCAACGACUGGUUACAGGCUGGUGUUGUCCCGGCGAGGCGAAUAUUCAGUGCAUUAAGAAAUCGAAAACAGCGACUCACCCGCUGA